UCCCGGGAGCGCGGCCUCGGCCGGCCCCGCACCGCCAUGGAGCCGCGCACAGUGCAUCCGAUGGAGAUGUGAGCCGAUGGCAUAGAGAGGCCCCUGGAGAUCGGAGAAUCCCUGAAAAUGAGCAGCUUUUAGGAGAGCUGAAGAUGCUGCUGGUGGCCCGAUGAAGCCGCCUCUGGAGCUCGUAUUUAAAACAUGUGUGUUCCCAAAGGAAAAGGAGAAGAAACUGGGGUGAACGUGGGAUUCCACGUGGAGCGGCACUGAGCUUUGACCUGAUUUCUUAUCUCUAUGGAGCUUGGCCAGAGAUUGCGGGCAUCUGAAAGGUGCUGGGACAAGGGAAACCCUCUGGAACACCGAUUUUUAUCCAGACAGUGAUAUGGCAAAUUCUUGGGGAAGAGUAAAGCUGAGAGCACGCCAAAACGUCUGGGAAGCCGUGGUCUCUGACAAGAUCCAUCAGCAGAAGGGUUAAUAAACUCUUAUGGUUUCAAAAUAUUGGGUCGGAAGUGGUGGGGCUGUAAGUCCGCUGUGAGCGUAAUGCUCUGCAGCCUCCAGUGGACGAGGGCUGUGGUGGGACGGAGAAGCCUCAGCCGUGAUGUUCCAGCCCUGGAACCGGAGCAGACGUGACCCACGGGAGAGGAGAGAAGGGGUACGGGAGGUAACGAGCCGUGGGAGACGGAGGGGAGCGACCUGGAAAGGCAGAACUGAGCUGCCGUGCAAAGAAAAUGAGGAUUCAGCGAGGACGUGAAGCCCCAAAACCCCACAUUCUGCAGCCACCAAACCAGCGCAUCCAUCAAGCCGUUUAUUUUUUUUUCCCCCCAUAUUUCAAGGUAGAGCGGAAUGGGAUGGGGAAGGAAUAAAUGCGCUGUGUCCCUUGGUCUCCCGUUGGUCUGCAGGGAGAUGGCCAGAAUAUCCCUCAGAAACCCGGAGCAGUGGCUGGGUACGCGUUUUACAGCAUUCCCCCCCAAAACGUGCUGCCAAAGAGUUUUCCUGAUGGGGCGCAGAUAACACUGCGCCAUUGUCCGCUCCCAGUGUACAAUCCACAGUUAUUAUUACAAAAAAAAAUUCCGAUUGUGUUAUUCCAAUAAAAACUGCUUUUCCUCUGGAUUUGGCUGCGGAGGAGGCACUCUGCUCCCCCGGCCCUCUGCUCUGCUCCUCUACCUAAAAUUUUGGGAAACCUUAUUGACAAGAGGCCACACCAAGACAUAAAGCCUCUCGAGGCACAAUAUCAAUACAGGAAGAGGGAAAUGUGGAGGAUGCCCUUUUUGCGUGAUGGCAGGACUCAAAAUUCAGCUGUUAAUUUGCACACAAAAGCUUGGGGUGCAGAGAGCAUUACGCUUGGAUGUUUUGCACUGGAAUAGCUUAAAAUAGGCAACAUCUAAUUCCAGUGGUUUUAGUCUUGCUUUUAUUCCCCGUGUGCUGGGACGCCGAGCUCUCUGCGAAUGUAUAAGGGAAACUUUCUGCUCUCUUGCCGCUACCAAAUAAACUCGUUUGUUCUCCUGGCUACUUGUCCGCGAUUUCAGGAAGAAAAGCUCCACCACAUUUGAAAUUAGAAGUGUUAUGGUUUUUUUGCCCUUAAUUUGCCUUGGUGUGCCUGUUGUUAGCGGAGUUGCGCGGGGAGAAAGCAGCAGAAUUUGUAUUUUAUUUUUUUUCUCCCAGUUAUCAAUGAGUUCAACACAAAUACGAUGAGUUUUAAGGGGGGGGGGAGGGGGGUGUUGGUUUUUUUCCCCCCGCCUUGGCACCUGCCAUUGGAUAUUUCCCGGCUGGCUCGCAGGCUGCCCGGCCGGGCUAAUUAUUUGCUGGGGAGUAACGCGAGCCGCCGUGUUGUCUCCUUUCCUAGAUUGAUGCCCAGGCGCAGAUCCGAGCCCAGCCGCCGGUGGGGAUCCGGGAGCCCGCGGCCUCGGCUAUGGACAUCGUCCUCUCCGACUUUGUUCGCUCAACGGGGGCAGAGCCGGGACUGGCCAGAGACCUGCUGGAAGGCAAGAACUGGGAUCUGAGUGCAGCCCUGAGUGACUUUGAACAGCUACGGCAAGUGCACGCCGGCAACCUGCCCCACUCCUUCAACGAGGGACGCAACUAUAAACCCCCUGACAAAGAGGCAGCCCGGCCCAUGCGGCCGCCGCUCCAGCGGCAGGAUGACAUUGUGCAAGAAAAACGCCUGUCUCGAGGCAUUUCCCAUGCCAGCUCCACCAUCGUCUCCCUGGCCCGCUCCCACGUCUCCAGCAACGGCAGCAGCGAACAUCUGCUGGAGAUGCCCAUCUGCACCUUCCAGCUGCCCGACCUCACCGUCUACACCGAGGACUUCCGCAGCUUCAUCGAGCGAGACCUCAUUGAGCAGUCCAUGCUGGUGGCACUGGAGCAGGCCGGUCGCCUGAACUGGUGGGCAAACGUGGAUCCCAGCUGCCAAAGGCUCCUUCCCCUGGCCACCACCGGCGACGGCAACUGCCUGCUCCACGCCGCCUCCCUGGGUAUGUGGGGUUUCCACGAUCGCGAUCUUAUGCUUCGCAAAUCCCUUUACACCUUGAUGGACAAAGGCCUGGAGAGGGAAGCCCUGAAGCGGAGGUGGCGUUGGCAGCAAACGCAGCAGAACAAGGAGUCUGGUCUGGUUUACACGGAAGAGGAGUGGCAGAAGGAGUGGAACGAGCUGAUCAAGCUGGCAUCCAGCGAGCCCCGCGUGCACUACGGCACCAACGGGGGUGGCUGCGGAGGUGUUGAAAGCUCCGAGGAGCCGGUGUACGAGAGCCUGGAGGAGUUCCACGUUUUCGUCCUCGCCCACGUCUUGAAGAGACCCAUAGUGGUGGUGGCGGACACGAUGCUGCGGGACUCGGGGGGAGAAGCCUUUGCCCCUAUUCCCUUUGGAGGGAUUUAUCUUCCUCUGGAAGUCCCAGCCAACAAGUGCCAUCGUUCUCCGUUGGUACUGGCUUACGACCAAGCCCAUUUUUCUGCCCUGGUAUCCAUGGAGCAGAAGGAACCCACAAAAGAUCAAGCUGUGAUUCCCUUGACGGACUCCGAGCACAAGCUGCUCCCCGUGCACUUUGCCGUGGAUCCCGGGAAGGAAUGGCAGUGGGGGAAGGACGACAGUGACAAUGUCAAGCUGGCCAGUGUGACGUUAUCGCUGGAAGCAAAGCUGCACUUGCUGCACAGCUACAUGAAUGUUAAAUGGAUCACGUUGCCUUGUGACAUGCAGGCGCCUUUGGCCCAGCCGGAAUCCCCGACAGCCUCCGCAGGUGACGACGCUCGUUCAGCUGCGGAGUCGGGAGAGUCGGACAAGGAGUCGGUCUGCAGCAGUUCAGCCAGCAACGGGGGCAGCCGGGGUUGCAAGGACAAAGAGAAACCAAAGAAAGACCGAGACAAGGAUAAGGAAAAAGAUAAGAAACGGGCAGACUCGGUCGCCAACAAGCUGGGCAGCUUCGGCAAGACUUUGGGAAGUAAGCUAAAAAAGAACAUGGGUGGCUUGAUGCACAGCAAAACCAUCAAGGGAGGCGUGAGCAACGGGCAGGGGGACACCUUGGAGAAGAAGAAAAAAGGAUCCUUGAAAUCGAGGAAAGGCAGUAAAGAGGAAUCUUCCCAAGGAGACUUGUCAGCUCCUGUGGAGAAAACCUGCCCGGGGAAAGCAGCCCCCGAAAAGCCGUCGGAUCCCUACAAAUACAGCAACGACGUCAGGCUGAGCCUCAGCAUCCUGCGGGCCGCCAUGCAGGGAGAGCGCAAGUUCAUCUUCGCCGGCCACCUCAAGACCAGCAACCGGCACCCGUACCAGGAGGAGAUGAUCCAGCGGUACCUCCUGGACGCCGAGGAGCGCUUCAUGGCUGAGCAGAAACAAAAAGAGGCAGAGAAGAAGGCGCUGGGCAGCGCUGCCACCGCCAAGAAGCCGGAGCCGGAGGCCAGCACCCCCCGGGGCGAGGAGGUGAUGCUGAACCCCGCGUACCCCCCGCCUCCCCCCACAUACACCCUCCAGCCCCCGGAUCUGGCCCUGAGCACUAAAAUCGCAGCUUUUCCCUCCGGUUAUUCAGGCGUUUUCACCUUUCCCAGACCCUCCAUGGUGAACAGUGUGGAAGGGGCGCAUCCCCCCGGCUACCAAGACAGCAGGCGGCAAGUAGCCGGGGGGGCCUGCGGUAGCCUUCCCCCCUACGCCACCUUACCCCGCCACUGCCCCCAGGGGCGACCAAAUCCCUCCCAAACCAGCCCUUCCCACCUGGGGAGAUUUUCCCCCACGGACAUGGACGUCCAUCCCACCUUCCCGUCGGAAUCCGCCUGCCUCCUGCCCUCCCCGCACAGCAACGGCUACCGGGAGUACCUGGAGCAGGACAGCCCGCAGAAAGGAAUGCCGCCGGCGGAUAAAAAUAAACCCCGAAUUCUUUAUAAUGUCCAGCAGACCAAAUGCAAGCAGCCGAACUGCAGUUUUUACGGACAUCCGGAAACCGGGAAUUUCUGCUCCUGCUGUUACAAAGAGGAGAUGAAACGCAAGGAGCGGGAGGCUUUAGUGCACAGGUUCUGAGCGCUAACCCCACCUCCGCCCCCCCGGCGCUGAUCUUGGGACCCAUGAAAGAUGGGGAAUGCAAUAAUAUAUAUAU